UCGGUGGGGACUACACCUCGGCAUCGCAAAACAUUUUCACGCUUGGAAAAUCCUCGACAUACAAGACAAAAAUACAGUGGCAUCACGCGAUGUAAUCUUCUACGAGCGACUGACGCUGCAGCAUUACUUGGACAACAUUGCCAACACACACGACCCCACCGACGGCUUCGCGGGCCUUCGUUCCUUCGCUGACCGUGCUGCCAAGGCUGACGCAGCAGAAGAAGACGUACCUGGAGCCUCGGAAACUGCCGGACCACUCCCUUUCUGUUCCGUACCUGUUCCACUCGACGAAGACAAUCCUCUCGAUAGUAACAACCUCGACACCUUUUAUCACUUCGCUGACCAAGGUUACAUUACACCCCAACUUCUUACCUGAUCCAGAAGACGGUGACGAAGCAGCCUAUUCCGGGAAUGAAAAUUCCCCUCGACACACACCCACGGGACUGCAGAUGCUCGGCCUCUGGGUCUCCGUCCAGCAUCCGCCGCCGCCAUCUCCGCGCGAGCCCUCGACUUUGUCACAGGCUCUGGGGGGGGAACAUAAGGCGAAAUGGAAGGAGGCGAUGGAAAAGGAGCUAAAGGCUCUGCAAGACCGAAAUACAUGAGAGCUGGUACCUGCAACAAGCAUCAACGGGAAGAACGUCCUCUCGGGGAAAUGGGUGUACCGCAUCAAGACCAACGC